GUGGAGCAUCAUGCCGCGCGCACGGAGCCUGAGGAGAGAAUUCUGUCACGUAAUUUGUCACACAAAAUAAUUUCGGAUGAACAUUUCUGACACGGAUUUUCAUCAUGGGAAACUUUGUAUUCUAAGGGACAAUCGAGAAGCAAAUUGGGAUACGGCUAACGCUUAAUUGCGCACAAGAAAGUGUCCCAUUAGCAACUCCCCGUGCGCGCUGAUCCCACCACUGGAGGUUUCUGCCAUGGAUCAGACUCAGCAGUGUAUAGGCAUGUAUCUGCUGGUGCUGUCCCUCGGACUGCUGAUGGACAGGGGGACUUGUCAGCACUACUUACUUCUGCGCCCCAUCCCGAGUGACGGUCUGCCGCUUAUAGAAUUAAAAGAGGACCCGGACCCGGUGUUCGAUCCCAGGGAGCCGGACCUUAACGAGACCGAGCUCAAGAGCGUGCUGGGGGACUUUGACAGCCGCUAUUUGUCCGUUUUGCCGCCCGUGGACGAAAAAUACACCGGGAACGACGAGCUCGAUGACUUUGAUUUCCAAAAGCCCGGUGGAGUACUACCGAAAGAAAUCAGAGCGCUGGAUUUCGAUGUGCAGUUCGGGAAGAAGCACAAGCCCAGUAAGAAACUGAAGCGGCGGCUGCAGCAGUGGCUGUGGGCGUACUCCUUCUGCCCGGUCCUGUACACGUGGACCGACCUGGGGAACAGGUUCUGGCCGCGAUUCGUGCGGGUGGGCAGCUGCCUCAGCAAAAGGUCGUGUUCGGUUCCGGAGGGCAUGGUGUGUAAACCGGCGAACUCGACCCACCUGACGAUACUGAGAUGGAGAUGCGUGCAGAGGAAAGGGGGGCUGAAAUGCGCCUGGAUACUGGUGCAGUACCCGAACAUCACAGACUGCAAAUGCUCCUGUUCCAGUUAAUACACAAAGACUCUGAAUUAUAAAUUCUAAGCUCAAUAUUUUUGUGAUUCUUUUUUCACAUGCACUACCGAGUGUAGGAAUGUAUUUUCUGUAUAUGCGGUGCCAUGCAGUUAUAUAUAGCUCCCUGUACAAAGUCAGUAUUAUUUGUAACCAGAGCCUACUUUAUUUGUGGAGAAUAAUGGUUAUAUAUUUUGUAUUUAUGGAGAUAUGGCGCAUAGAGCCACGUGCUGUUUUUCCAUAUUUGGAUAAAGCAGAUCGACCUCAGAGUUUAACGUGGAUUAUUGAUACAGCCGGGUAUCGGUGACUUGUUUUAUCCUGUAAAUUAAGGAAAUGUGCUAUUUAUUCUUUAUAUUCGUACAAUAA